AUGGUUGGUCCUAAAUUACAGGAUGAUUUAUUUAUUAUUCUCAUACGUUUUCGAUUUCAUAUCAUCGUUUUUACGGCAGAUGCUAAAAAAAUAUAUCGACAGGUUAUUGUCAACUCGGAAGAUGCUCAAUAUCAAAAAAUACUUCUUCGUCGAAAAACCUCCGAGCCUAUUCGUACUUAUGUACUUAAUACAGCUACUUAUGGCACAGCCCCAGCUUCUUAUUUAGCUAUCAAAACAUUAUUUCAAUUAGCUGAUGACGAGGAGGAACACCUUCCGUUAGCAGCUAAAAUAUUACGCAGAGAUUUUUAUGUGGAUGAUUGUCUGUCAGGGGCAAAAACUGUUGCCGAGGCAAUCACUCUGCGCGAUCAGCUCAUUACUAUGCUAAAAAAGGGUGGAUUCAAUGUAAGAAAAUGGGCAUCUAAUCACCCUGCGCUACUUAUCAAGGUUCAAGAGCACCCAGAAAGCUCGCACAUGUCGUUAGAUCCUGAUUCAGCCACGAAAACGUUAGGCAUUCGAUGGCAUGCUCGUGACGAUUAUUUCUUCUAUGUCGUAAAUAUUUCUAAUCAGAGUAAUAUUACUAAAAGAACCAUCUUGUCUCAAAUUGCAAAGCUUUUCGAUCCUAUUGGACUCCUAGGUCCCAUUAUUGUACACGCUAAAAUUAUCAUGCAACUUUUGUGGAAGAUUUGUGCUGCAUGGGAUGAAUCUGUUCCCAUCGAAAUUCAUUCCUCUUGGUCUGAUUUCCGAGGCCAGCUUCCACUCAUAGAAAAAUUGCACUUUCCUCGUGGAAUGACGUUACCGAACGUAAUAAAAUCACAGUUACAUGGAUUUUGUGAUGCUAGUGAAAAUGCUUAUGGUGCGUGUCUAUAUUUGCGCUCAAUUGACUCUAAGGGGCAGGUGUGUAUUCGUUUGAUAUCCUCCAAAUCACGCGUUGCCCCAGUCAAACCUCUCACACUGCCGCGACUAGAACUCUGCGCUGCAUUAUUACUUGCUCGACUCUAUUGUGCAGUGAAACCAGCUAUUCUCUCGGAUGCAUAUGAGUCAUAUUUAUGGUCAGAUUCUACUAUCGUGUGCACUGGAUAG